AUGGCUACAAGCUUAGGAGCUCACGCGAUGGCAACAGGCAGCAAUAGUAGCAACCAACAGAGCCGUUCCUCUCCGAUUCCGUCCCCCAGUGCAGCCAACACCUCGACUACACAGCCCCCAAGUACCAGCAAAAAGACUUCGUCUAGGCUUUCGCGGAGCUACACUUCCAUUGGGCUAACCGGCAAGGAGAAAGAAAGGGAAAAGGAAAAGGAAAAGGAAAAAGGCCGGGAACAAGACGUCGAUGAUGAGAAUGCAGACGACACUGGCGACCAAAGCACCGCCGCCGGUAACGGGACAGCUGGGCCGGGCAUCACCAUCGGAGUGAACCAAAGCGCGCACACACCCUCACCAAUACCGAGUCCGGCUCUCGAUCCCCUGUCACAGGUGAGUAGUCAAAUCUACCUACGACGCAACAGCGAGGUUCCCAUAUCAGGUCGACGUUCGAUGCAUAUGGCCGAAGGGCUAGCACGAUCCAGUUCGGACUUUUUGAGAGCUGUCACACCAGCAGGAGAUGUGAGCAAAGACAAGAGUGUGUUGAAUUUAUACAGCAAGAAAGGAGGUUCAUUUCUCAGUCGUUUGAGCAUGCGCGGUGGCCGCAAGAAGGACACAGCCGACUUUGAUUCAGACUCGGAAUUUGGUGUCGAGGCCCGGAUGGACGGCACCAAUGCCCGAGUCUUCAGCCAGACGUUAAGCAACCCAGUCAUGGGCGGAGGCUAUGUCCCCCAUCACAAGGAACCGCCACGAUACAUUCGAACCAAGGCGACCAACAAAAAAGCAAGAGAGUUCAACCGCAUGUUUCUGGCCCAAGAAUUGGUCGGCACAAGACCUCCCAAAGAUGAAGAGAAGGCCGACGCGAACAAGGCACCUGUUGUGACAGUCAGCGUGGCUGGUGGCGGCGAUCGCAAGACAGCGAGGUCAGGCGGAGCAAUCUGGGCGACUGAGUUCAGCAGAGACGGGAAGUACCUGGCCACGGGCGGGCGAGACCACAUUGUCAGGAUAUGGGCAGUCUUGACGACAUCCGACGAGCGCCGGGCACACGAAGAGGAUGAGAACGCCAAUGGCGGACCUGGAGAACGGCUUAGUGCGCCGGUAUUCAGGGACCGGCCGCUGAUGGAGUUUGAGGGACACACCGGGGAGGUCUUGGACCUCAGCUGGAGCAAGAACAACUUUUUGCUGUCGUCCUCGAUGGACAAAACUGUCAGGCUAUGGCAUCUUAGUCGAAGAGAAUGCCUCUGCACGUUCAAGCACAAGGACUUUGUCACGCGGUUAGCCUUCCACCCCCGGGAUGACCGCUUCUUCCUGGCCGGCUCCCUGGAUACCAUGCUGCGAUUAUGGAGCAUUCCGGACAAGGCAGUGGCCUUCUCGGCCAACCUUCCCGAUCUCAUCACUGCGGUUGCAUUUUCCCCAGACGGAAAGAUAGCGAUUGCCGGCCUACUGAAUGGCCUCUGCGUCUUUUUCGAGACAGAAGGACUCAAACAACAGACACAAAUUCACGUACGCUCAUCUCGUGGCAAAAAUGCCAAAGGAAGCAAGAUUACAGGGAUCCAGACCAUGCUUGUGCAUCCACCAGCCCCGGCCUACCCAACUCAUCAACCACCAGGUUCCAGUGCGGCCUCGCAUGCUUCCACUGACGUGCCCAGUAACGCCGAGGUGCGAGUGAUGGUCACAUCCAAUGACAGUCGAAUCCGAAUCUACAGUCUACGGGAUCAGACCAUGGAGGUUAAGCUCAAAGGGCACGAGAACUCCUGCAGUCAAAUCGCAGCCACAUUUUCAGACGAUGGAAAAUAUGUGGUCUGCGGAAGCGAGGAUCGCAAGGCUUUUGUUUGGAGUGUGACGGGCAAGGGGGUGCCGCUGACCACGGACAAGGACAAAUCGCCUUGCGAGUAUUUUGAAGCACACGGCGAGACCGUCACGACGGCUCUUUUUGCGCCAACACAAACGAGGAUGCUUCUUGGUCAGAGCGGAGAUCCGAUCUACGAUCUAUGCAAUCCACCACCUGUGGUUUUGCAGAGCCUGGAUGAGGUUGCCAGUGCCGCAGCAAGCACCACCGGGUCUCAACUAGCACCUGCGUCAGAACACCUGGUUAAAAGGCCGGAGCCGAGUCCCGCUUAUAUUGCCAGAUCUACCCAUUACGAUGGUAACAUUCUCAUCACAACAGGCGAUACCGGCAUCAUUAAGGUCUUUCGCCAAGAUUGCGCCUUCGGCAAGCGCAGACACGAGAGCUGGGAGACAGGAAGCACGUUCAGUCGGAAGCUGGCGCCCAGCAACGGAUUCAUGAGUGGAAACGGGCUAGGUCGCAGUGGCAGCGUGAUGACAAGAACCAGCGGUGGCAGCGUCACACGUAGCCGAAGAGGGUCUCUUACCCAGCCAUUCUCACCACAGCUUGGCCCAGUUGGCGGCAGCUCCGACCGAAUUCUCAGCUGGCGCCAGGGGAUCGAAAACGGAGGCGACAAGCGAUCCAGCGCUCUAUUAAAUGGGAGCGCGACGCCAGCAGCUAGCGAAAGAUCGAUGAGCCCGGCCAAGGUCAUCCGGACGCCCCUGAGUUCACAGGUGAACUUGGCAAGCGAGGCCAGAAAACAGCCAUAUGCGAACUCGACCGUCGCGUCAAGAAACAGGGCUGGCAGCACCCUGACGAGCCCAACGGCCAGUGUGUUUAGUAACGCACCCUCGCGUGUCCCCUCGAGGCUCCUCAGAGAAAGACGCAUGUCAAAGGAGCCGGAGGAGGAAACGUCAGUGCCGCCGACUCCGAGCUUUACCUACAUGUCAGCAAGUGAGAAUGAUCCGCCCGAUUCUCCUGCAGGAACAGGGGUGGGUUCGGGGGGAGGCAGCACCACAUCGUCAUUUUGGAAUCUGAACCGAUGGCGAGGGAUCACGGCCUUCAAAGUCAACGCUUCGUCGCCCAACCAAAGCGGUAGCGGUGUGGAGGGACACAAACGCAGCGACAGUCGCAGUUCUAUAGUGAAGCGGGUCCAAGGGGACGCCGGUCCUGGCGAUGAGAAGGAACAAGGCAGCCCAGAACAGCGCGUAGGAACAUCAAGGCGACAGAGCACAGGCACGGGGCUGUUACCAGCUGCUCAUGUGGUGAGAAACAGCACUGAUGGGAAUGGAAAGGACAAGAAGCAUCAGCGCAUGUCUCUCCCAGCUGGAGCAGUCUUGAGCCAGGCCGACAGCGAGGCUGACGUCCGGUCCAUCCCAGCGAAUGGAGGGAUGGUAGCGCCCGUCAACCCUCUGCAAGUGCGUCGAGAUGGCUCUCCAUACCGGCACCUCUGGAGUCGCGGAAGCUCGUCCCAUGGUAGCGGAGGGAGACCUGGCUCAGAUUUGGGCAGUUAG